GAGAGGCAUUUAGGCAACUCCGCAUCCAUCAUGUCUUUGGCAGCUUCGCCACCCGUCGCUUCAUCCCAGCUCCCUCGGCGCUCUGCUAAUUAUCAUCCCAGCAUUUGGGGAGAUCAUUUCAUUCCAUAUGCCUCCGAAUCUUUGAAAGUUACUGACAAAAUGGAGGAGCAUAUCAAAACGCUCAAGGAAGAAGUGAGGAAGAUGCUCAUCCUUCCAACCGAAAAUCUCGUAGCAAAAAUGCACUUGAUCGACGCAAUCCAACGUUUAGGAGUUAACUACCAUUUUGAACUUGAGAUUGAUGAUAUAUUGCAGUGGAUUCAUGAUAGUUACGUUGAAAAUGGUCAAAUCACUUUGGAAGAAGAUCUCCAUACUCUUGCCCUUCUCUUUAGGUUACUAAGGCAACAUGGCCAUCGCAUCUCACCUGAUGUGUUUGAAAAGUUCAAGGAUGAGCAAGGUAAUAUCAGUGAAGGACUAACCACUGAUGUAGAAGGAAUGCUGAGCUUAUAUGAAGCUGCCCAUCUUAGAGUUCACGGAGAAGAUAUAUUAGAUGAAGCUCUUGCUUUCACUUCCGCUCAUCUGGAGUCUAUGAUCGUCCAUUUGAAUCCUUCUCUUGCCGCAAAAGUCAAGCACAGCUUAAGGCACCCACUUCGCAAGAAUCUUCCUAGGCUAGAAGCUUGGCAUUACAUAUCUUCUUACCACGAUGAUCCUUCCCACGAUGAAACUCUACUUGUCCUGGCAAAGUUAGAUUUCAAUAUGCUUCAAAAGAUGCACCAAAAUGAACUUGGAAAUAUUUCCAAGUGGUGGAAAGAAUUGGGUUUUAGGAGCAAGUUGCCUUUUGCUCGCGACCGGUUGGUGGAAUGUUACUUGUGGAUUUCGGGAGUGUUCUACGAACCUCGCUAUGCUUUGGCGAGAAGGAUAACCACCAAAGUGAUAUGUUUGGCCUCGGUCCUUGAUGAUAUAUAUGAUGUUCAUGGCACACUUGAAGAACUACAGCUUCUCACGGCAACAAUUGAGAGGUGGGAUAUAAGCUGUCUGGAAUUGUUGCCGGAGUACAUGAGAUUUUGGUACCGAGCACUAUUGGAUGUUUAUGAUGAAAUCAAGCAAGAAAUGACCAAAGAAGGAAGAGAAUUUUGCAUUAAGUAUGCCAAAGAUGAAAUGAGAAGAUUGGCCCAAGCUUACUUGGUUGAAGCCAAAUGGUAUAAUAGCAAUAACACACCGACAAUGGAGGAGUACAUGGGCAACGCACUUGUCUCUUCAGGAUACGGCCUGGUCAUAGCCAUAAGUUUCAUUGGGAUGGGUCCUAUAGCUACCGAGCAAAUCUUCCGGUGGUUAUCAGAUAACCCCAAAAUUGUUACGGCGUCACAGACCAUUAGCAGGCUGAUGGAUGACAUUGUUUCCAACGAGGAUGAGCAGAAGAGAGGGGAUGUAGCUUCGGCCAUAGAGUGCUACAUGAAGGAACAUGGGGUGAUGAAGAGAGAAAAUGCGAUUGAGGAGUUGAAGAGGCAGGUGGUGAGCGCGUGGAAGCAUUUAAACGAGGAACUGCUUGAACCUACGCAAGUGCCAAGGCCUUUGUUGAUGCGAAUUCUGAACCUGAGUCGCGUAAUGGAUGUGCUUUACAAGGAUUCUGAUGGCUACACUCAUUCCACAAACUCAACUAAACAUCUCAUCUCUGCUUUAUUCGUACACGAUUUUCCCCUUUAAAAAUGUGAUCAUAGAUGACAGGUAGGUUUGAACUUAACAAAUGCGUGCUCUCACGUGCUACCUACUACCUUCUGUACUUAUUAUAAGAGCUAGUUUGA